AUGUCUGACGCCCGUGCACUUCUCCGAGAGCAACGUGCUGCUCGGCGAAUAACACACCCGUACGCAACGUACACCCCGUCCAACACCCUUCUCUGCACCCUCUGCCGCCAAUCCGUCAAGACCGAAUCGCUCUGGGACUCCCAUCUCGCCUCCGCAAGCCACAAGUCCCGGCUUGCCGCGCUCAAAGAGACGUCGCCUCAAGAGCAAGUUAAAAAACAAGCGCGGCAAGGUCCCUCAGAGGAUGGCCCCAACUCAAUCGCAGAAGCCGAUGGAGGGAAGACCCUGGAGAUGGAGGUCGUGACCUCCCACAAGAAGCGCAAGCACUCUGCCGACGAUACGUCCUCUUGCUCGGACGAUCAGAUGUCCAAAAGAUCGAAGCCGUCGCUCGACGAGCCCGCCGCUAGGACGCCGCCGUCGCUGACCCGUCGCUCGUCGAGGACACCCAGUCAAGGCAUGGAGCUACAGAUUCCCAGUCGACCCGCUACGCCCCGCGACCCAGCAGCGGCGGCCACUACUACGUCGAAAGAACUACAAGCACAGAUACUCCCCGAAGAAAACGGCGAGGCAGAGAACGGAAACAAGGAUACAGUGGACGAAGAUGAGUGGGCAGCGUUUGAGGCGGACAUUGCCGCCUCAGCUAUCCCCGUUGAGGCCAACAUCUCAGCGCCAGCCAUGUCAGCGGCCGAUCUCAUGAACCAGCCUGCCGAGGAACACAAACCGUCCAAACCGGAGAUUGACCUGCAGGACGAGCGCGAGGAGGCGCAGCGGGCAUUGGAAGAGGAAUUCGACGAGAUGAAGGACUUGGAGGCCAAGGUCCUCAAAUUGAAAGAAAGAAGAGAAGACUUGCGGAAGAGGCGAGCGGAGAGUCUACAGGGCGCCAAACCAACGAUACCCGAGGACGAAAGGGGCGGCAAAGAGAACGAGGCCGUCGUGGGGAAAGACGAGGAGUCGGACGACGAGGACGAGGAUGAGGACGACUGGGAUGGAUUCCGCUUUCGCACACGAUGA